CAGAGGUUACAAAAUGGUGGACCCUUUAUGCAGGGCCUUUUCUUGAUUGGCAUCAUCUACUGGUAUUCCAAGGGCAUGAUGUCCAUGAUCAAUGACUACUACAGAAGCGAGUUCCAGCGGAAGUUGCAAGCGGAACCCUCGAAGCCAAAAGCAGAAAUACCCAUCAAUGUGGACAGCUUUAUGGAUUAUGUUAGGGAGUUGGAGUCUCCAGAUGAGGUGGCUAGAAACCCUAAGGAAGGAUCGGAAUCUCCUCCUCUUAGAAAGACCUACAGCCACACACUCUUGCGAUUCCUGCAGAUCACUGGAGCGCUACCAGCUUUUGAUGUUUGUCUUACCACCAGCAACAUAAGAUAGCUUAUCUUAUAACAUUUAUAUUUAGUGUAUUUUAUAUGACUUUCGUAGAAUAAAGAAUCAUCAUAAAAAAAU